GCGGGCUGCUGGCCAAUGGCCUGGCGGGCCGGGCGCGCCCGCUGCGCUGGAGGCGGCAGGUUGCGGCGGCGCCGGGCGCCGGCCGCCUGGCAGGAGCCGGUUCGAGGCCGGGUCCCGGAGGCCAGCGAACACCCAGGACAGGGAUGCUCUCAGGGCUGGCAGCCAUGGAGCUGAAGGUGUGGGUGGACGGCAUCCAGCGUGUGGUCUGUGGGGUCUCAGAACAGACCACCUGUCAGGAAGUGGUCAUCGCACUAGCCCAAGCAAUAGGCCAGACUGGCCGCUUUGUGCUCGUGCAGCGUCUUAGGGAGAAGGAACGGCAGCUGCUGCCCCAGGAGUGUCCAGUGGGUGCCCAGGCUACCUGUGGACAGUUUGCCAGCGAUGUCCAAUUUGUCCUGAGGCGGACAGGGCCCACCCUUGCUGGGAGGCCCUCCUCGGACAGCUGCCCACCCCCUGAGCGCUGCCCAAUCCGCGCCAGCCUCCCCCCGAAGCCGCGACCAGCGCUGGGCCGUGAGCCCCACAAAACACUGACCUUCAGCCUGGGGUGCCCUGCGCUGGCCCCUGGCCCUGCACCACGGGAGCCUGUGGCCCCUGUGGCACCAAUGCCAGGCUGCUGCACAGACCUGCAGGGCCUGGAGCGCAGGGUGCAGAGGAAUGCCGCGGAGCUGGGCCAGGAGGCUUUCUGGGAGCAGGAGCUGCGGCGGGAGCAGGCUCGGGAGCGUGAGGGGCAGGCACGCCUGCAGGCGCUGAGUGCGGCCACUGCCGAGCAUGCUGCCCGGCUGCGGGCCCUGGACGCCCAGGCCCGCACCCUGGAGGCCGAGCUACAUCUGGCCGCAGAGGCCCCUGGGGCUCCCUCGCCCACAGCAUCAGCCACGGAACGCCUGCGCCAGGACCUGGCUGCCCAGGAGCGGCAGAGCGCGGAGGUGCAGGGCAGCCUGGCCCUGGUGAGCAGGGCUCUGGAGGCAGCCGAGCACGCCCUGCAGGCCCAGGCCCAGGAGCUCGAGGAGCUGAACCGGGAGCUGCGUCAGUGUAACCUGCAGCAAUUCAUCCAGCAGACUGGGGCUGCACUGCAGCCGCCCCCACGGCCGGAGAGGGCUGCCCCCGGCACACAGGAUCUUCUGCCUCCAGCCAGAGAAGGGCCCCUCACAGGAGCCCCCCGGAGUCCUGCCCUAGUGUCCAGCCUGAGUCCAGAGAUUGCCCCUAUGAGGCAGAACUCCUGGAGGUAGCAGCUCUCACCCCAGAGUGGACAUCCACUGCCUGCCCAGCCCUGGGCUCUGAUGGCACGAGCGAGGGCAGCCAAGGCCAGCCCAGCCUGGACGACAGAAGAAGAGUCGGUGGUCACAGAGGACUCCUUCCCUCAUGCAGUGGGAAGCUCUGGUGCCCUGAGCCCGAGAC